UCAUUCUUACACAUCUCUUUUUUCAAAGGAGAAUUUGAUACGCUAUUCUAUCUCAUUCUCUUGCAAAAAUUGUAUAAAUAGAGGAGCCUCAAGCUCCACUUCCUCAUCCACCAAUCAACCAUACAAUCUCCUCCUUUACGAAUCACAUUUCUCUCUGUUUGCUAACGAAAAUGGCCAGCUCUAAGACCUUUCUCCUUUUCAUUGGAGUUGCCUUUGCUGUUCUUUUUCUCAUCUCUUAUCAGGUCUCUGCUCAUGAAUCUGUAGGAACGGUUGAAACUCAGGAGAGUGCAACAGCCGAUGUAAAUAGCUUCCAACCAGAAAAAGGGCACGGGUAUGGAUAUGGACGCGGAUAUGGCGGAUACGGUAGGUACGGACACGGAUACGGCGGGUACGGACACGGACACGGACACGGACACGGUGGAUAUGGACGCGGAUACGGUGGAUAUGGACGCGGAUAUGGGUAUGGAGGUAAACAUGGAUAUGGUGAUGGCUAUGGCUAUGGUGGGUAUGGGAAGCACGGAUUCGGUGGUAAGCCAAAAGCAAUGGGAGAAGCUGAGGCUGAAAAUUAAAUGAAAUCCUAUAAUAAUAAAUAUGUAAAAAAGAAUAAAUAGGGGGUUUAGGUAGGGUACAUGUCCCCCUAGUUGAAAAUAUUAUAGCUUAGGGGUCACCUUGGUUGAGUAGUUAAUUUGACUUAGCUCUCACUCAUAGUUGUCAUCCUUAGUGUGAUGUAUCUUUUAGUUAUAUGAACUUACAUGUUUAGUAUCA